UUGGUCGCAUCAGUUCUCAGAGAGUCUAGGAGAGUCCCUAUAAAAGAAAAACAUGAGUUUGUUAAAAGUGGCUUUGGUGACGAUGCUCGUGGUGGCCGGCGCGACCGCCCGCAGGUCGAGGGACUCCCCUGCGACGGCGGCGACCCCGACUCCAACGCCGAAUGCCCUCGCUGACCUCAUCACCCAGGCACAGGAGAACAUCAACGCCCUUGGGAAGCAGAUCCAGGAGCAGAUCAACCUCCCCGAUCAGGAGACCGUCGUCAACACCAUCAAGAACCAGAGCACCGCCCUCGUCAACAAUGUGCAGACCUACAUCAACCGGGUCUCCGAAGAGGUGAAGGCGAAGAGUCCGGAGCUGGAGAACUUGUGGACGGGCGUGAAGACCAGGCUGACGAAGGCGAUCGACGACAUCAACGCCCAGAUCCCUGAAGCUCAGGAACAGGUGACCCAGCUGCAGGCCAAGUUCCAGGAAGGCGUGCAGACCCUCGUGAAGGAGUCCCAGAAGGCAGCCACCACCGUCUCCCAGAACUCCGAGAAGGUGCAGGAAGACAUCGCCAAGUUCACGAAGCAAGCCGUCGACAUCGCCGUCCAGGCCACGCAAAACCUGAACAAGCAGCUGCAAGAGGCAGCUGCGAGUACGGUAUCGACAGUGCGAGCCGGCAAUUAAAAUCUAAGAUUUGUAAAACUAAGAUUAACUUCAACCGAACGACCCCCUCGGCGUAUUUUCUCUAGAGCUUAACGCUUACCCUCGUCCCUUUACAUUCGCGCGCUGACAAUCUCCCAGACCAUGUAUUGAGAAUAUAAUUUAUGUCAUUUGUACAAAUACAAGGUGUAAUUUUAA